CGGUAGUUAGCGCCGUAAAGCAUUUUGACGUUUCAAAAAUUUCGCAUAACCAAAUAUGGGGAUUUCUGAAAACUAGUGAACUAGAUAUGAAGUGUUUGCGAAAAUAUUAAAAAAUUCAGCAUAUAUGUAAAAUAUAAAUGUAAAUACAAGAAGCACAACUAGCUUAGGAAUUUUCAGUACAUAUUUAAUAAGAUGUCCUUUCGGGUGGUACGCAGUUCUAAAUUUCGGCACGUUUAUGGCCAAGCUUUGAAAAGAGAGCAGUGCUAUGAUAACAUACGUGUUUCAAAAAGUUCAUGGGACUCUACAUUCUGUGCAGUCAACCCCAAAUUCUUAGCUAUCAUCGUAGAAAGCGCUGGAGGAGGCGCUUUUAUAGUUCUUCCACUUAAUAAGGUGGGUAGGAUACCAGCUGACUACCCCCUAGUAGGAGGUCACAAAGGUCCCGUACUGGACAUCGCCUGGUGUCCGCACAACGACAACGUCAUAGCCAGCGGCAGUGAAGACUGCGUGGUGAAAGUAUGGGAGAUACCGGACCAUGGUCUGAUCAAGACCAUGACAGAGCCAGUGGUCAGUUUGGUUUACCACCAAAGGAGGGUGGGAUUGGUGCUUUGGCACCCGACGGCUUUGAACGUUUUGCUCACGGCUGGUAGCGACAACCAGGUGGUUAUUUGGAAUGUCGGUACCGGAGACGCUUUAGUAGAAAUAGACUGUCAUCCGGACAUCGUUUACAGUGCUUGUUUUAACUGGGACGGUUCCAAAUUGUUAACUACUUGUAAGGAUAAAAAAAUUAGAAUCAUAAAUCCAAGGACUGGUGAAGUCGAAACUGAAGCAAUAGCACACGAAGGUUCGAAAGCAACGAGAGCAAUAUUCUUACGACACGGUCUGGUGUUCACGACCGGUUUUUCGAAAAUGUCGGAACGGCAGUACAGCUUACGGACGCCCGACUGUCUAGAUACGCCGAUCGUUAUGGUGGAAUUGGACACGUCCAAUGGUGUCAUGUUUCCACUGUACGAUCCGGAUGCAAAUCUUGUGUACCUGUGCGGAAAAGGUGAUUCUGUCAUCAGGUAUUUCGAGAUAACAGCGGAACCACCAUUUGUACAUUAUAUCAACACCUUCCAAACUCCGGAUCCUCAAAGAGGAAUCGGCAUGAUGCCAAAGAGGGGAUGUGACGUCACUUCCUGUGAAAUAGCUAGAUUUUAUAGGCUCAACAAUUCGGGAUUAUGUCAAGUGAUAACGAUGACGGUGCCCCGCAAAUCCGAACUCUUCCAAGAAGACUUGUAUCCUGACACGAUCGGCGACACCCCAGCGUCGACAGCUGAUGAAUGGAUGGCCGGACAAGACGCGGAGCCCAUCCUGAUCUCUUUGAAGGACGGAUACAGGCCGCCAGAGUCGAAGUCUUCUUCGUUCUCUUCCAGAAGCAGGAGCAACGUGCUGGACAAGAUGCCGCCCAAAGGCGGGAAGGCGUCCAGCGGAGGUGGACAGUCCUCACCUGUGUCGGGCGCAAUACAUGCCUGACCGUUUCACCUCCCUCCAUGCACAGUCUGCACUCGGCGUCUUCCACCGUGUAUUACGUUUACCGUGUCGAUAUCCAUUUUGAAUUUCCCGUGCAGGAAAAAACGCUGCAAGAGUUCGCCGACGAAAUUCGCAAGCUGAAAGCGAUGAUCGUGAAGCACGAGAACCGCAUCCGAGCUUUGGAAGCUGAAGCGGCGUUGAACAAAGCUCAGCAACAGCAACAGGUGAUAUCGGCGACAGCGCAAGACGAAGACGGAGCCGGCGGUGGGGACGGACUCAAUGCGCAGCCGCAACAUAUGGCGGCCGACGAAGUGUGACACGCUCAAGAUACGUGCCAAGGUCAAGAUACGCACACAGGCACAACAAGAGCUUAUCGUUUUGCAGUUGUUGCUUCACUAUGUAUAAGUUAAUCAUUCUAUUUAUUUUUUCUAUCAUUUCGAAAACGUCUCUACACCUCUCUAUCGUUUUACGAUUUUUAAUAACGGUUUUUUCGCUACGUAAAAGUGCUCUUACUAUUAUUGUGUAUUUUUGAACGCUCCAAAUAAUAAGAUAUGUUUGAGAAACAUGAUACAACUUCCGUAUCGAUUUUAAUUAGCGUUUUUUCAGACUUUAUGGAAUUUUUAACCAUGUCCUUGAGUGAUAUUGUUGUUGCCUUGAAAAGCAAGAUGAUAUUUUUGUAUAGCUUAAAGCGACUGAAGUUUUACUAAUAUUUAAAAAUUCACGUGAUAAAUGAUGAUAUUUUCUUUGUGUGCGAAUUUUAGACAUCAAGGUAUAAAAAUAAUUUCCUAUGGUAAGAGAGAAGUUCGAAACCGAAAAUGAAAUGAAUAAACUACUAUCGCAAAAUGCUGCAACUUAUAUGCCUUAUAUGUUACAUAUGAUGUUACUUGGUGCUAUUUUUAUGCAACAUUUCACCUUUUGGAUUCAUCGUUAACCUUUUUAUGGACUUUUAUAUUAUUCCAAAUUGUUUACUGGAAUAAUUUUCUACUAUUAAAAGUUGAAUUGAAUCAAUGUAUUUGUCCUAUUCAGUAUUUCAGCUCUCUAAAUAGUCAAGCAGCAAGUAAGUCUGCCAACCACCUAUUGUUGCAAAAGCAAUUUUUCGGCUGGCAUAGAAUCAAUUUUCGAUUACUUAAAAAUAAUUUCUAGGUGUUCUGACGUCUAUAAUAUCGUCAUUUGACAUUUAUAUUUAGACUACAACAUUGAUAGUCAACCUGUUAGAUUCAGUGUCAAAUUUUUGUACAAUUCAUAUUUCACAUACCUAUUUAUCAAGAUAUUUUUGUAAAAUCUGUAACGUUAUAUAAUUGUGAAAAGUUCCAUAGAGUUUUUGUGUGUUGCUCUGUUUUUUUUUAACAACGAAUAAUGUAUAUAAAUGUAUAGUCAACUGCAUUUUUUGUCAGAUCACUAAUAAAAAUAAUUGUACUGUUAGUAUUUUUACAAAUACAUGAAAUAGUUAUUGAA